AUGGCCAGCAUUCUCUUGACAGAGCAGCCACCAUACUCUAGCUACAAUUCUAACUAUUGGAAUUCUCCUGCCCGAACUAGAGCUCCUUAUCCAAGUACAUAUCCCGUAAGACCGGAAUUGCAAGGCCAGAGUUUGAAUUCUUAUACAAAUGGAGCAUAUGGCCCACCGUACCCUCCUGGCCCUGGGGCAAAUACUGCCUCAUACUCUGGGGCUUAUUACACACCUGGAUAUACUCAGACCAAUUACUCCACAGAAGUUCCAAGCAGCUAUCGUUCACCUGGCAGCAGCCCAACCCCAGCCUCUCGUUGGAUGUAUCCACAGCAGGACUGUCAGACUGAAGUGCCCCCUCUCAGGGGACAGGUUCCAGGAUAUCCUGCUUCACAGAACCCUGGAAUGACCCUGCCCCAUUAUUCUUAUGGGGAUGGUAAUCGUACUGUUCCACAAUCAGGACCAAGUGUACGACCACAAGAGGAUGCCUGGGCUUCUCCUGGUGCUUACGGAAUGGGAACGCGCUACCCUUGGCCUUCCCCUGCACCCUCAGCACCACCUGGAAAUCUCUACAUGACUGAAAGUACUUCAUCAUGGCCUAGCAGUGGCUCUCCUCAGCCACCUCCUUCACCACCACCCCAGCAAUCCAAGGAUUCUUCAUACACCUAUAUUCAAUCAGAUCAAGGCGUGAACCGGCAUGGCUUUCCUUGCAGUGUCCAUCAGUAUGAAUCUUCGGGGACAAUGAACAAUGAUAAUUCAGAUCUUUCGGAUUCCCAAGUCCAAUAUAGUGCUGAGCCUCAGCUGUAUGAUAAUGCCACCAAUGAAAAUCCCAGCAAUCAAGAUCAAAGUAGUAAUCAUCCUGAAGAGCGUUUAUCUUCAGAUGAAGGUACUCCUCCAAGUAUUAAAAAAAUCAUAAAUGUGCUGGAGAAGGUCCAGUAUCUUGAGCAAGAAGUAGAAGAGUUUGUAGGAAAAAAGACAGACAAAGCAUACUGGCUUCUGGAAGAAAUGCUAACCAAGGAACUUUUGGAAUUGGAUUCAGUUGAAACCGGGGGCCAGGACUCUGUCCGGCAGGCCAGGAAAGAGGCUGUUUGUAAGAUCCAGGCCAUACUGGAAAAAUUAGAAAAAAAAGGAUUAUGAAAGGAUUUAAAACAAAGUAGAAGCCUGUUACUAUCUUGACCAAAGAACUCUUGAUUGAUUUUGGUUAAUUACCCUCUUUUUGAGAUGGCUGUUGAUGACAGGAAGCAUACAUUCCAGCUUUCCUUUGAUUUCAAACUUCGAAAACUGGCAAAGGACUUGGAAGAACAUUGUAGUGAUGAAUUGUUUUCAGUUUUCAGACCAAUGAAUGUAAUAGGAAACUAUGGAGUUACCAGUAUUGCUAAGUAGAUUCACUCCUUUCCUAAGAAAUUUAUGGAUAUUUGUAAGCUGCUUCUUAGCAGCAGGAAAGAAAUACACUUUAUGUGAAGGGCUUAUCAGAAACCUACUAGAUGAGACUGGAUAUAAUAUGAGACAGACAGGCUCUGUUUUUUUAAAUAGCUGGAUCACUUGUUAAAUUUUUGUACAUUGUGACUGCAUACAACAUACACUUCGUGUGUAAAUUACAGCUUGGACUUCAGCC